ACAAUCAGCGUAACGAAGCAAAACUCCGAGAGGCCGAAGGGAUUGACUGGAGGCCGAGAUAUUUCUUGUGCGAGAAUGAUGAAUAUAAUUUUAAAUACACAUCUCCAUGGAAAGAUUCCCAAACUGCAAAACGCCAAAUAGAAUCAUUUAUUUUCUCUUCAAACUCACCUUCGGGAUUCCACUCGUCAAAUGGGCCUCACCAUCAUCAGGAUGAAAAUACUAGGAGUUAA